AUGAAGGGAACAAUCGCCGCCGCCGCCGUGGCUGCCUUGGCCGGUACUGCCAAUGCUUCUCACGGUCACCGCCACGCCCACGAGCUCUUCGCCGCCAAGCGACACCAGACUGGCGACGUCUGCGUUCCGGGAUGCACCACCAUCUGGUCGACUGUCACCGGCGAGCCUACUUGGGUUCCUGCACCUCCUCCCGUCACCUCCGCUUCUCCUGUUGCACCUACUACCGCUCCUGCACAGACCACCGCUGAGACUCAGGCUCCCUCAACCUCCGAGGUGAUUGUUGUUCCUGUGCCGACACCGGCUCCCGUCACCUUCUCGACUCCUGGAACUUACACCAUCCCGGCCACCACCAUCACCCUGACCGACACCACCACCGUCUGCGGUGCUACCUCGACCCAGGUGCCCCCAGGAACGCACACUGUUGGUGGUGUUACCACCAUCGUUGAGACGGCCACCACCGUUACCUGCCCCGUUGCGACCGUCUCGACCAGUGGCACUGUUGUCACCAGCGUCAUUGUCCAGACCACCUACGUCUGCCCUGCUGCGGGAACUUACACCAUUGCUCCUAUCACCACCACGGUCCCGGAGUCUACGGUCAUCGUCUACCCCGUCCCCACCAGCUAUGCUCCUGGUACCUAUACCGCCCCCGAGAAGGUGGUCACCGUCACCGAGACUGACUAUGUCACCUGGUGCCCCUUCGAGAGCUCUGGUCUCCCCACUACUCAGCCCACUCCUACUCCGGCUCCCGCCAGCUACCCUCCUCCUGCUGCUCCUAAGCCCAGCAGCGCUGCGCCGGUCUACGUUCCUCCCGUCGCUCCCAAGCCCAAGCCUUCCCAGGCUGCCCCUAAGCCUCAGCCUCAGGCCCCUAGCGGCGGUCUGACCGGCAGCAACGACCACUACGGUAUCACCUACACUCCUUAUGAGCCUACCACUGGAAACUGCAAGGCCGCUUCCGAGGUCGAGAAGGAUAUUUCCGACCUUAAGAACGCUGGCUUCCAGGUUAUCCGUGUCUACUCCACUGACUGCGACACUCUUGAGAACGUUGGUGGCGCCGCCAAGAAGUACGGCCUUGAUCUGAUCCUCGGUGUUUUCGUCAAGGGUGAUGGCUGCAGCUAUGACACCCCGGAUAUCAAGAUCCAGGUCGACGCCAUUUCUGCCUGGGCUCAGUGGGACAUUGUCAAGCUCAUUGUUGUGGGCAACGAGGCUAUUAUGAACAACUACUGCUCUGCUACUCAGCUUGCUUCCCUGAUCACUACUGUCAAGGGCAAGUGCAGCGGCUACACCGGCCCUUACACCAUCUCUGAGACUCUUAACAUCUGGCAGCAGCCUGCUGUUUCUGCCGCUAUCUGCCCUGCUGUCGACGUCGCCGGUGCCAACAUCCACCCUUACUUCAACACUGCAACUCCCGCUUCAUCCGCUGGUGACUUCGUCGCUGGUCAGCUCGAGCUUCUGAACAAGGUUUGCUCUGGCAAGGAGGCCAUUAACCUGGAGUGCGGUUGGCCCAAGCAGGGUUCAUGCAAUGGCGCUGCUUGCCCCGGUGACAGCGAGCAGGCUACUGCCAUUCAAUCUAUCCGUGAGAAGUGCGGUCACAAGACCGUCUUCUUCUCAUUCGACGACGACAUGUGGAAGCAGCCUGGCCCUCUGGGCUGCGAACAGAGCUGGGGUGUCGCGGCUGCCUUCUCCAUUUCAGGCAUUUACUAA